ACCACUGGGUGAGUUGCCAGCAAGGGCCGUUGGCAGGAGGAAUGUUGAUGGCGUCCCUUCAGGUAGCUACCACUCGUCAAGAAGGCCGUGAGCGGGCUCUUUCGGAGCCGACCAAGCUAGACCGAGAUCCUCCACAGCCUUGGAUAGAACUCGGAUCAGCUCGCUGUCCAUGCUGGGCUGUGUUGUCUGUGUCAGAGGCGGGGUUUCGGGCUCUUUGCCAGAGCACGCCCACUCUUUAGCAUCCGAAACAGUCAAUGACAACAUAUUGUUAAUUUUUAGUUCAUGUUAGUUAAUGCAUUUAUUAAAUUAGUAAUUAGUAAAUUAGUAAUUCAUUAAUCACCCCCACCCCACCCCCGCAACAGUUUUGUGUAGGACCCCCAGAAGUAUAGGAUCGGCACUGACUAUAGGGCCCUGAUAAAUGGAACAAUUCCAAUAGGGUCCUUGCACUGUGUUGCUCGGGCCCUAAUAAUAAACGGAGCAAUUCCAAGAGGAUCCUCGUACCACUGUCCUCGGGCCCUAAUAAUAAUAAUAAAUGGAGCAAAUCCAAGAGAGUCCCCGCACCGCGGUGCUCUGGCCCUAGUAAGAGAUUCAUUGAGUGGUGUAGACAACACACUAUGUGAUAGACUAUUCUGGCUGUUUUAAAGGGAACAUUAUUUGUUCCCUUUAGCUUGUUGUAUAUAAUUUAAUCACAAUUUAAAUAACAGAUGAUUUCCAUUCUACUAAGAGUAAUAAUGUGAGGUUGACCAUUUAGUUUGCUGACACAAAAACAACAAAUAAUUCUGUGACAAAGAAUGUCUGACUGAGUGCUUACAUAUCAAAACAAUCACAGAUGUUGCAUCAUUACUGUCAGUUAUAUAUGUUUCCAUAAAGUCGGUUGCCUUUUGAGUGGACACUAUGCGAACCAAAGCCGCCAUCCCGAAGAAAAUGUCUGCCUAUCAAGGCUGUGAAACACAGGCACAGACCUUGCUGAGCUAAUAGAAUGGAUUACGUCUUCUCAGGGAUUCAGGUUACAUCUGUCAAAUUGUGAAUGGUUUACAAAAAAGUAAUUUUUUACUCAUGAUUUCUCAAUUCAUGACCCUUUAAAAAAUAUGCAUUAUUAUUCUUGUUUCAUUUGCAUCUAAUAAUCAGUUAAUUCAUUUAAUUUAAUUAUUUUAAUACAUUGCAGGUGGAUUUCUCAUUAAAGAUGAAGUGAGAAUUCUUCAUUUUGAAGACAGUGGAAUUGCAUUUGAGAAAUGCAAGUUAACUAGAUUCCAUGCCAAACUUCUGGACCACACCUUUUCCCCUAAAGGUGUUUUUUUGAGGAGUGGCUUCUCUGUGAAUUAUCAUUGUGAAACACUUAUCUAUCAAACUUUGAAAUCACACCUGACACUUCAUGUGUACUUGAUUCCAAGUGAUAAAAAAAUGAUAGAGGCUGUUCAAGAAAAUGAGGCUGAUAGCAAGGCUAUCACAAAGCCAGGACCGGAAUCUUCACUACAGACGAAAACUUGGUUUUCACUGAGGACACUGGAGAAAAUGAGGAAAUCUGACUCUAAUUCUGAAGUCAUACCCAAGAAGAUACAGCUCAAAUACAAGCCCAUAAAACCAAAUUUUUUUGAAGUAUUCGUUGAUUCUCCAAAAGAGGACUUCAACCUUCAGCUGAUGGCGCAACAGCACAAAGAAGUUGUAUGGGAUGUCAAAAUACGUCAAGCUGAUUACAGUCAUAAUGUUUCUUCAGUGGAUGUACGCAGAGAAUCUUACAGCUCAAAUGCUGUUGGUAACAGUCGUGUGCAUGAGAUCCUCCUACAGCAUCUUGAAUAUCUGACCUCAGAUGAAUUAAAACUAUUUAAAUGGCAUUUGACUGAAGGUGUGGAAGCCUUCAAAAAAAUUCCCGAAGGUAAACUGGAGAAAGCAGAGAGAUGCACUAUUGUGACGUGUAUGACUGAUCAAUAUGAAGUGGAUGGUGCUGCUAAACUCACUGUGAUGAUUUUGAAAAAAAUGCAAAAGAACAACGAUGCCAAACAACUGCAAGAAAAGCUUGAUAUGAAAGGCACAAACUGAACAGCAACCAUGAUGAGCAAGAGUGGAUUUAACUGUAUAUAAAAAUGUAUUUAAUAUAUAUGUCUCAGUUAAAAGAUCAGCUUAGAUAAGCUUAGCAAUCGAUUCUUUAAGUCCAUAAACUAAGGGUCUUUAGAGGAACACUGUACACAUUAUUCUCCUCAUAGAUCUUAACUUUUGUUAUUUUAGCUAACAUCAUGCAUUAAUAAGUUCCUGUUGUAAAUAGUCAAUCAGUUUGCAGACAUAAAGUCGCUUUUUAGCUAUAGUAAUUAUGUAUGAGUUAGGAAAACAACCUGGGGAAAUACAAAACAUCAUAUUGGUGCAUGUAUAUUUUACAACUCAUACCUAUAUUAUCACUUGAUGAAUUAUACACUUAUCUAGGCUUGAACCAAAAUAAUAAUCGCCAUAUCACCCAACCAUAUGGAUGCUUUAUGAAACAUUAAUGCAUCAUAGACAUAACAGUAUGACUUUCUGUAAAGCUGUUUUGAUGUGUGAGAAAAUAUCUAAAAUAUUAAUUUGACAUGACACCAUUGUCGUGUUCUUGUAUAAGCAUUACUGUCCAAAAGAUAUCUUUGUGAUUCCAUGCUGCAAUAAAAAAUUUUAAAGCGUAACUAUUAAGGCUGCUUGUACAAAACAAACAAACACAAACUCACACACCUAAGCAAAGAAAA